UCGUCCACGAAAAAAGAGAAAAACCGUUCCAUAACGAGAGAGACUUACAUCGUCGCUAACGAUCGCGUUCCACCUGUAUCAUUUUUGAAGUCCCACUUGGUUGAUAUCGCUGCUGCUAAACAACAGAUAUUAAAAAUGAAAUAUGUUUUAGUGUUUUUGCUAAUUUGUGCAAUAGCUGAUUUGGCAUACAGCAAAGAAAAAUGUAAAGUGACUGCAAUGUGUAUGGUUAGGGGCAAAGACACGUCAACUUGCAAACUAUUACCUAACUUUAAGGACUGGGAUCCGUCGACAUCAUCUGGUGGGGGAAAGCCAACCGGAGGUUCCAGAUAUUGCAAUAAAGGAAGCGGAUGGACUUCUGGCAACAAUGGAUAUCAAUAUAAAAUAGUUAGUGAAUUAGCUAACUGGGAAAUGGCUCAAAAGUUGUGCGAAUACGAAGGGGGUACCUUACCAACAAAAGAAUCGUUUUCAAGUAGCGCUUAUGGGGGAUUCGAGUCCUUUUUAAGACAAAAUGGGCACAUUUACGGCUUUUGGCUUCCUAUGACUGACACAGCGCAAGAGGGACAAUGGAGAUGGCUCAACGGAAUGCGAGUUACCACAACAAGAUGGAACGGGGGGCAACCGGACGGAUCUGGUGACUGUGCUUAUAUCAACCGAGACUGGGGCUAUAACUGGGACGACGGAGUAUGCGCUACCAGCCAGUUUGGGGUGGUAUGCCAAAAAUGAGGCUAAUUUGACAAAUAUUUUUGAAGAUACCAGAUUUUUUCCAUACGGACUCAAAUAGUGUUGUAUUUUUAUAUUUAAAAUCAACAAUUAAUUCACGUUUGUGAUAUUCAAUGAAGUUUUAGUAAUUAUCUGGUGUUCUGUAUGUUCUUGAUCAUAUCGGAUAAAAUGAAGUAAACAAGAUAAUGUUUGUUGUACAGAAAUAUAUACAAAUAAACAUAAAAAAAUAUAUCA